UGGCGAGCUAGGUCUUGGUGUUAAUUCUUAAAAAUUUCGUCGUUGCCGACGAAAGGGAGUAUUAAUACUCCCUUUUUUGUGUCCGUGUGUUACGUUCAUUUUAUUUACCGCUAGGUAAAAUUUACUAUACCAAAGAAAUAUAUUUCUCUUUGUUUUUGUAUUUUAUAACAUGGCUUUCUAAAAUGUCGGCCCUGUACGUAAAAUCGUCGUCUCCUUGCGGAGUAACCCGCUCAGCUGGUUUUGUGAAUGUUGGAGGAAUCCAGAAUGGACAAGAAAUCUGUAAAUCGACCUUCUCAACAACAGUCGAGGGCUUCGGCCAUCGACUGUAAAAAAAGUACUGAUUUGACUCAUAAACCUUGGCCACGGAACAAUAAGAAACGCGAAGGACUUGGAAAUGCGCCUAAGAAUGACUUGUAUCGGAAAAACGUUCCAACUCAGAGAGGCCGGGGUCAGGUGGAUCGCAGGCCGCGUGCACGAGGUGGCCCCUCCGAUUUCACUGUGGGUGGAGCGCAGAACACCGGGGUAGAUGAUAAAGAAGAGCCGGAAAUCGGCUCAGUAUUUGUGCCUGGCAGCAAAAAACAGAACCUGAACCAUUUGCUGAACUUUAUGCUUCCUGCCCGGGGUCAGCAGGACCGUGGUCUGGAAAGAAGGGGAUCACCCUUGGUACGUCGCCAGCUGCCACAGCGUGGAAUACAUCGUCUUGAUCACGACCUUUAUCUGCGUGCUAAUUGUCAGUUUGUGGUGAAGGAAGAUGGAGAUUACCGCACAAAUUUGUUAGAUCCUGAUGUGCCGGUGAAGUGGGAUCAAGUUGAGGAAAUUGUGGUAAGAAGCACAGGUCGCUCUGAAUGUCCAAUAUGUUUGGGCGCGCCAGUAGCCGGUCGCGUCGGGCAUUGCGGCCAUGUUUACUGCUGGGCGUGCAUACUCCAUUACACCGCAGCGCACGAGAAACAACCACCGCCUUGCCCCGUAUGCACCACGCCGCUGCUUGUGAAAGACAUGCGCCCCACAAGGAUGGUUCAGUGGGAAUCACCUGUGGAAGAGGUCACAAUGCGACUUGUGCGUCGUCUCCGCGGUUCCACUACGGUAGAGAUAGCACCGCCACGUGGAAUGUUGGCGGAAACCGAAGCAGAAGGCAUCUUGCCCAUCGAGAACAUUAACAAUGCACCCUAUGCCAAAUUUUUCUCUGCUACAAAACAACAAGUGAUUGAUAUCUUGGAAAGAGAGAGGAAAGAGAUACAAGACCAAAUCUUGGCAGAAAUUGACACAACAGAAAUUGUGUUUAUGGAGCAAGCAUUGACAAUGCUCCGAGAAAAGGAAGAAAAUCUUAACAAUCAGUAUGAACAACCUAAAAUUAUGGAACUGGACCAUGCAGAGGUGCCCAUUGUGUAUCAAAAACAAGAGGUCAAUCAAAAUAAAGUUGAUUGGUUUGAUGUUACCGAAGAUGGCGCCUCAUGUAUUGAAACUAUUCACGACCAGGUGGAAGACUUGGCUAUUAGUCUUGCCCAAACUAAUCUGAAUCCAGAGGCACCAAGCUUUGUGUUGGAUGAACUGAAUGACAAUCAGUCAGAGGAGUUUCCUCUUAUUGAGAAUGCACCGCCAGAAGUUGUGGAACAAAAAAUAGACAACGCUUGUAGUGACAUUGAUAAACAGAAUCAAGCAAAAUAUUUCUAUUUCUAUCAAGCUGAAGAUGGUCAACAAGUGUUCUUGAACAGCCUGAAUGUUCGUAUUCUAAACGCUUCGUGGGGUGUUCUCGCCGCUGCACCCCCUAUCAUACGCGGCCGUGUUUUGCACAGAGAAACACUGUCACUAGGCGAACAGACACGAAAACACAUGCCCCAUACUGCCCAUUUGCCUCUCUAUUGUUCGUUUGAUGUCGUCGAGCUGGACUUGCAGCCGCCCUAUGUCACGCCGGGGGCAUUGCAAAAUUUUGCAGAUGAGCUCGACCGUCGUGCUCGUACUCGCGCACGUCACGAAAGAGAAGAGCGGCGACGAGAGCGCGCUUAUCGCCGCGCUAUGGAAGGACCUCCGAAACCCGAUUUCUCUUCAGAUGUGUUAUUCCCACCCGCACCGCCAUCAUUCAGCCCCCCCUCGUCGACUCAUUCAAGUAUGCCGUUUGAAGAGUUGAGUCCUUCUACUAGUGCCACUUCACCACCUGGGCUUUCUUUUGCAAAGAUGGCAAGCACUAGUGGCACAUGGCGCAUUCGUAAAGUGGCUCCUCCGCCACCCCCUCCGCCUGAAGAGGAUGAAGGAUUAGCUCCAAGAGGUUUGAACCUCAGCGACGCCAUUGAGGCCGCAUUACACGCUGCGCCAGGGUCGGCUGGUAAGAAAAAGAAGUCGAAGCCAAAAGUCCUUUUUGCCACUGGCAUGCACCGCGCUGCCUAAUGGUUUAUCUGCGUACAAUAUUUCGCAUAUUAGCAAUAGAACAAAUUCAUUUAUUUGUAAAAAUAACAAAUACUGUGUUGAUUAACCACCCUCAAAUAUUAUGUUUUCAUAAUUUUUCGCUGAAGAUACAACUUUUUGGAUGUUCAUCAUCAUUUUAGUAACUUUUUUCCACAAUAUUGUUGUUGUUCUAAUAAAUGAUUACAUUCAAAUUGGGAUAAUUAAUUGUAUGACUGUAUCAUUAUGUAAUAUGUAGGUAGAUCUGCUUGUUGCGGUGACUGGUUUAUGCCUUUUACUCAUUGACCUACUAACAAAUGGACGUCGGGUUCGCGCUUAAAAGUGUCCGUACCUAUAGGGCGUUAAAAUUGCAUACAGAGCGUCAGUCACGCAACAGUCUUCGUUUAU